UUGUCACAUAAAAAUAACCAACCAUGAAAACAAUAAUUCAGUAUUGCUCAUUUGCGACAGCACUUCCUGCCUUCAAGACAAAAUCCGGAGGCGGGGGGAAAUACACCCGGAGCGCGAAACUCAAGCGGGGAAUAUGACGAGUUUCCGCCGAAAAAUUGUGUUUGUCGUUGAGACGUGCUUCUUGUUUCUGCUUUUAUUUUUAAGUGUAAUUGCAGACUUCAGUAUUAUAACCAGCUACGCAGUUUGAAGUUGGACCCAAAAUGGAUGACUAAGCAAACGGAUAAAGUUCGUACACCGCGACAAGGUGGGAUGAAUGUCGUUUUGGUUUCACACAGCCGAAAACUACCUAAAUGAAUUAAAUACACCGUGUACAACGCGGCAGGUGCCAUCACGAAUUCACUGUUCGAAAGAAGGGGUGGGUCUUUCUUCAAGAUGGCGCUAAAUGCAGAACAGGAGGCCGUGAUUAGCCAGAUGUUCGAAGCCUAUAUUUCAGAGUAUCAUCAAGAUGACAUGGUGAAGCUCCUUGCAGCCUCCAGCGAUGACAGUCAUCGGCCUGUUGUUAUCAAUGCUAUGACAUUGUUUGAAGCCAACAUGGAGAUUGGUGACUAUUUCAACGCCUAUCCCAGUGAUGUCCUGACAAUAUUUGAUAAGGUUUUGCACAAAACAGCCAUGGAGUUGUCAGGGAACGCCUCUGUUAAGCGUUUGGAUGGACUGCGCCCAAGACAACCGCAAAUGAAUCACACCCUCCAUGCACGUAUCACAGGUCUACCAGUUUGUCCAGAACUCACAAGGGACACCAUUCCGCGGUCGAGAGAUGUUGGGCAUUUCUUGUCCGUCACUGGGACUGUCAUACGCACGAGUGUUGCCAAGGUUCUGGAGUACGGGCGCGACUACAUGUGCACCAAGUGUCGUCAUGUUUUCGUGCUGCGGGCUGACUUUGAGCAGUUCUAUGCCUUCGUCCCACCGGCGGCCUGCCCCAAUCCCGAUGGCUGUAACUCGUGCAAGUUCAGCUGUCUGUCUGGAGGGUCGGAGCCUACUGCCUGCAGGGAUUACCAGGAGAUCAAAAUACAAGAGCAAGUGCAGAGGUUGUCAGUGGGCAGCAUUCCUCGUUCUAUGGUUGUGGUUCUGGAGGAUGACCUUGUGGACAGCUGCAAGUCAGGAGAUGAUGUGACCGUUUAUGGAGUGAUGUGCCAACGCUGGAAACCCUUUUAUGAGGGUGCUCGCUGCGAUGUGGAGCUCGUUCUCAAAGCCAACAACGUGGAAGUCAACAACCAGCAGGGCGCAGCUUCUUUACUCAUAGAAGAUGUUCAGAAGGAAUUCAAAGAAUUCUGGGAGAGCCACAAAUGUGAUCCGAUAGCUGGUAGGAACCAGAUCUUGCUGAGUCUGUGCCCUCAAGUGUUCGGCAUGUAUGUGAUCAAACUGGCCGUUGCCAUGGUGCUCGCUGGAGGGGUGCAGAGAAUAGAUUCUUCUGGAACCAAGACCAGGGGCGAAUGUCACCUGUUGCUCGUUGGGGACCCCGGGACGGGCAAGUCUCAGUUUUUAAAAUACGCAGCCAAGAUGAUGCCUCGCUCUGUGCUCACCGCCGGAAUCGGUUCAACGAGUGCGGGGCUGACGGUGGCCGCAGUGAAGGACGGAGGUGAUUGGCAUCUGGAGGCAGGGGCCCUGGUCCUCUCGGAUGGCGGUUUAUGCUGCAUCGAUGAAUUCAACAGUAUCAAGGAACACGACCGCAUCAGCAUCCACGAAGCGAUGGAGCAACAGUCCAUUAGCGUGGCCAAGGCUGGUAUGGUCUGCAAGCUGAACACUCGAACGACCAUCCUGGCAGCGACCAACCCAAAAAGCCAGUAUGACCCAAAGGAAUCCCUGUCAGUCAACAUAGCGCUGGCAAGCCCUUUGCUAAGUCGGUUUGACCUGGUUCUGGUUCUGCUGGACAACAGAAAUACAGACUGGGACCGCAUCAUCUCAUCCUUCAUUCUGGAGGAUCGAGGGCUACCGUCUGAGUGCUCCGCCCUAUGGCCCAUGGAGAAAAUGAAGGCCUAUUUCUGUGUCAUAAAGCGUUUGCAGCCACAGGUUUCGGUGGAGGCCAACUCCAUCUUAUCAAGGUACUAUCAGCUGCAAAGGCAGAGCGAAGGCCGCAAUGCUGCGCGCACAACCAUCCGCAUGCUGGAGAGUUUGAGCAGACUGGCUGAAGCCCAUGCUCGACUCAUGUACAGAGAGACUGUAACUAUCGAGGAUGCUGUUAUGGCCGUCUCUGUCAUGGAGUGCUCCAUGCAGGGUGGCGGUUUGCUCGGAAGUGUAAAUGCAGUGCUGACCUCAUUCCCUGAUGACCCCGGUCAGCAGUAUCAGACGCAGUGUCAGGUACUGUUAGGAGGCCUGAAACUGCCCGUCUUACUUCAGAAGGAGAUGGACAGAUUGGCCAGGCUUGGGAGCAGCACCGUCGAGGCUUCCAGCUCUGAGCAGCCAACUGAUGGCCACCAUCCUCAUCCUGGAGAAACAGACUCGAUCACCGCCAUGCAAUCGGACGUACCGGAGACCUCCAUGAGCGGUGCUGAGCCGGAGAGCGGCUUGGAUUGGUUUUACUCCAUCACGCCUUCUCGAACGUCAAAUGAAAUCUCCUCUGCGGUAUUCACUUCAACUCAACUUGACGCCAAUCAAAAAACAGACCCCGGUGUGACGACUAAGGCCAGUUCUCCAGUAAACUAUCAUCUGAAUUCAAAGAGAGACCUGACAGUCACUGUUACCGCUGAGGAAGGUGGAAUGAUCGGAGAGAAACACCCCGACGCUCAAGAGAAUCUACGCGGACCUGACAGACAACACGCAGAGCCGCCCGGGAGUGCAAUUCAGCUUCGGCGUAAACUCCAGCAAAGUGACAAAGCAGAGAUUGGACUUGGAGAAAGUGAGGUCGCUGUGAAGAAUGCAAGUCAAGCUGUCACCGUUUCAGACGCAACUUCCAAUACGGGCGUGGAUCACCGAAUUCAGAGUAAGCCACGGUUUCACACUGCGACGAAAACCAUGAGCGCUCGGCUACCGGACACGAUUGCGGCUUCAGAUGAAAAUAUUCCUUUCAAGUUUUCAGACUUUGUAUUCAAACCGAAGAAGAUGACACCCGUCGUCGGCGGUGUCAAUUCCGGCGCGAGGUCACCUGAAUGCAACCUGGACAGCAGAAAUGGUCCAAACGUUCAACACAAGGUUGGCAGCAACGAUGAGGCCAAGGGUGCGCUUCCGAGGAACGACGGUAGAAAAAAUAAAACGCGUGAAAAGCACCCUAGUUUCAAAGGUGGAAGCGUGAAAAAGCAAGUGAGCUGUGUCAGCAAUAAAACCACGUUGUCUUUUCCGCCAGAAGAACUGGAAAAGGACAAACCACCACGAGCACAGACUGGUGGCACGAUAAGCCAAAGACCUGACAUGGGGAGCCAAGAUGGUCUCCGGAGUAAAGAAAGUUUGACACCUUUAAGAGCGACUUCCAGCCCCGCAAAGUCCACAGUCACCCCCUCAACUCUCGCUAAGCUUUCAAGAUUCUCUUUCAGCGGCACAACCGAACCCAGACCCACACUUCCGGCAGACCUGGAAAAGAAUCACCAACUGGAAAAAAGUCCACGUGAAAAAGAAUGUGUGGAAUUAUCGAGGACCGCUUCCGACAGAACAACCGAAGAAAGACCAAAAAGAAUGAAAAGAAUGCGAGAGGUAAAAGCUGCUUCAUCUUCCCCGAACGCCUCGCAGAAUCCGCCUCCUUUGGAACAUGGCCCAGCGGCAUGUGCAAGCAUAAAACUAACGGAACCGACUCCUUCUGGAACACAUGUGGUAAAAAUGGGUCAAGGUAGGGCCACGGUAUUUCAUAAUUCCGUCAAGAUGAAGAAGAAGUGUUUGGAAUCGGGCACUCCAGCAAGUGCUCCGUGCGGUUCGAAAGCUGUGUUUGUCAAAACUUCUCUCUUUGGCUCUGGUGACUUAAAUGAUGACAUUCUUGACACUGACUGGGACAAAGAGGUCGCAAAGAAAGCCAAAGUGCGAUAUUCUAGGUAGCAGACCCCCCGAGAAGGAAAAAAAAAAAAAGCAAGUUGCGUUUUUUUUAAAGUUAUGUCAUAGAUGGCCUCUAGAGGGAAACCUUGAUCUGCUGUCAAUCCCGACAGUUCCAGUCUUGCUAUUCUUCACAGGCGGUGUAAAAUGAUCCAUUAAUUCACGCAUUAGCAGUAUCUUAAGGUCGAUCUUUAGUUCUCCUUUAAAAUUCGCAACAUCAGUCUUGGCUUGUCUUUUUCAAACAAAGAAUUGACUUUUGGUGGGUUUUUUUUCACCGUCGGCAGUCGACGAGCCGUGGCGAAUUUGAAGGCAAUGCGCGGACCGUCACGGCAAAGCAAUGUUGACAGUGUUGCGCUAAUUGGAUUUGGACAGUAACGUUACAUCAAAAGACGUCUCCUGCUCUUUUCAAAUGGCAGUAAUUAGAGCUUUCUUUAACACCAAGGGAGAUUAGGGAGUGGGAUUAAGAGUAGAGUAUAUUGCAAACGCUAAUGUGACAUAGGGAAACGUCAUGGCAAACUGCGCCCCAAAAGCACUUCAGAGCAGAACCGGUGAUCGUGAUCUUUAUUUCAUAGAUGUUUUUUGUUUUUUUAAUAUAAAGCUUGUCUUUCUUUAUUUGAUGGACUCCUAUCCCAUUUCAUAAACCGGGAUGCGACGUUUCCUGGAGCACAGUUUGCGCUUAAUUUAAUUGCCAGCCAUCUGGGUUUACAUGACAUUGACAAUUUAUUUUAAAAGUAUACAUGGGCACAAAAAAGGUCCACUGGAUUAUCCCGACCUUUAAUUAAAGCAAUCAUUUGAAGUUGGGCAUGAAAACAAUGUAGCCAUUUUCGAUACACUUUGCGCUAACUUGUCGGAGAAGAUGGAGGGGGUGGGGUGGCGGGGGUCGGGUUGGAGUCGAAGUGGCCUGACUCUGGCUGCAACUUGCACUUCAUUUCACAUUGUUGGCAACGUAAAGUUCGGUCAGCAGUUUACAUUGUUACCACUGGCCGUUCUGGUGCGAGACUUGAGGCGUAGAUCAUAACUAAGCACUGACGAA